AAUUUUUAUAUGUUUAAUUUUAUUGAGUGAAGUAUAUGCACCGUAUUGAUGCUGGGAUUGAUGGGUUUCUGUUGAAUUACUUGGUUUAACUUUGAAUUGAAGAAGAAAGUGAUUGUCUUGUUGUAAUGGGUUUUGGCCUUUUUUGCAAAUAAGUUAAGUUUUUGGAGGUUGUGGAUAUGGCUUCGGGUCUGGUAAUGGAGCCUGUACCGAUUACAUCACAAAAACACGACCCUGCAUGGAAACAUUGUCAAAUGUUCAAGAAUGGGGAGAGGGUUCAACUCAAGUGUAUAUAUUGUAGCAAAUUGUUUAAGGGUGGUGGGAUUCAUAGGAUUAAAGAACACCUUGCUGGUCAGAAGGGUAAUGCAUCUACUUGUCUACUGGUUCCACCCGAUGUUCGGGCUUUAAUGCAACAGAGUUUAGAUGGGGUUGUGGUGAAGAAGAGAAAUAGGCAAAAGCUUGAUGAAGAGAUUACUAAUAUUACUCCAUCACCUCAUGGUGAGGUAGACUCACUUGCCCUUCACAGUGAUGUGAGUAAUGGGAUUCAGUUGAUUGGAGCUCCCGUGACGCUUGAACCCAAUUCGGAGUUGUUAGGGAAUCAAGAGGGCAUGACAAGUGAGAGGAGUCUGGAUAGAAGGAAAAGGGGGAGAGGUAAACAUUCUUUCUCAAGCCAUGGUGCUUUUGGUGUUACCAAUAGUGCUGCAUUAGGUUCUAGAAAAGUGAACAAUUAUGUUCACGAGGCAAUUGGACGGUUUUUGUAUGAUAUUGGGGCACCUCCAGAUGCGGCAAACUCUGCUUAUUUCCAACCGAUGAUUGAUGCAAUUGCUUCAGGAGGUUCUGGGGUUGAGCCUCCCACGUACCAUGAUCUUCGAAGUUGGAUAUUGAAGAAUUCAGUUGAAGAAGUGAGGAAUAAUACUGAUAAAUAUAGGGCAAUGUGGGGAAGAACUGGUUGUUCAGUUUUGGUUGAUCAGUGGAACACGGAGUCAGGUAAGGUUUUGCUAAGUUUUUUGGUGUACUGUCCUGAAGGAACAGUAUUUUUGGAAUCCGUGGAUGCAUCAGACAUUAUAAAUUCCUCCGAUGCUCUUUAUGGAUUGCUUAGGAGAGUGGUAGAAGAUGUUGGAGUAAAAGAUGUGCUGCAGGUGAUUACUAGUAACGAAGAGCAAUAUAUGGUUGCAGGGAGAAGGCUGACUGAUACUCGGUGCCUAGAUUUAAUACUUGAGGAUUUUGGUAGCAUUGAGUGGAUAAAUGCAGUAAUCAAACAAGCUAGAUCUCUGACAAAGUUUGUGUACAAUCAUAGUGUAGUAUUGAAUAUGGUUAGAAGGUCUACUUUUGGGAAUGACAUAGUAGAACCAGGAGUUACUCGCUAUGCUACAAACUUUACAACAUUAAAACGACUGGUUGAUCUGAAACACUGCUUGCAGGUCAUGGUUACUUCACAGGAGUGGAUGGACUCCCCAUAUUCAAAGGAACCGGAGGGAUUGGAGAUGUUAGAUCUUAUUAGUAAUCAGUCAUUUUGGUCCUCAUGCGUCCUGAUUGUUCGUCUGACAAAUCCCCUCUUGCGAGUUUUGAGAAUGGUUGGUAGUGAGAAGAGGCCUGCGAUGGGAUAUAUUUAUGCUGGAAUGUAUCGAGCAAAGGAAACAAUUAAAAAAGAACUCGUUAAGAGGGAGGAGUACAUGGUAUAUUGGAACAUUAUAGAUCAAAGAUGGGAACAGCUGUGGCAUUUUCCUCUUCAUGCUGCAGGCUUCUACCUUAACCCCAAAAUAUUUUACAGUAUUGAAGGAGAUAUGCAUGGUGAUAUCCUCUCAGGGAUGUUUGAUUGCAUAGAGAGAUUGGUUCCUGAUACCAAAGUCCAAGAUAAAAUCAUCAAAGAGCUAAAUUUUUACAAGAGUGCUGCUGGAGAUUUUCGGAGGAAGAUGGCAAUUAGAGCUAGAGACACUCUGCUUCCUGCUGAAUGGUGGUCAACAUAUGGAGGAGGUUGCCCAAAUUUGGCACGCUUGGCAAUCCGUAUUCUCAGUCAGACUUGCUGUUCGAUUGGGUGUAGGCAAAAUCAGAUUCCUUUUGAGAAAGUACACAACAUAAGAAACUCCCUUGAGCGUCAACGUCUCAGUGACCUUGUCUUUGUUCAGUACAACUUACGACUGAGACAAAUGGUUGGUAAGAACACUGAACAGGAUUUUAUGGAUCCCAUAUCAUUUGACAGCAUUAGCAUUAUUGAAGACUGGGUUUCAGGGAAGGACAUGUGCUUAGAGGACCAUGGAAGUUCAGAUUGGAUGACACUGGAUUCACCCUCUGCUAGCACAAUGCUUUUAGGGCCCUCAAAUGAUGAUGCUGAAGAAUUGGGCUCCGGGUUUUACGAUUAUGAGAUUUUUGGUAGGGGGAAAGACUCUGAAGAGGAAAAUGUUGAAGACAAUGUAGAAAAUCAUUAGAACCUUAUGCAUGAGGCAGUUCUGUAUCUCAAGAACCCACGGUUACGAAUUGCCACCUUGUUCUCUGCAAUCAAGCAGAGGAAGAUGUAGAGAAGUAGAUGUGCAUGUGGUGUCUGGCAAAUUUUUGAAGCGUCCAAGACAGUUUUCAAUUUAGAGAAUAGUGCAUUGUAGCUGAUAAAUAGAAGCAUAUAGUUGUAGCAGUUAAAAUGUUGUUUAUUCUAAUACGUCUCGUCUGUUUGUAGAUUUACACAUUCGAACCGUUAGAAAGAUAAAAUCUAGAUUGUUGUUUACCCCA